AGCAGAAGAAGAAGAAUUGCACAUGUGUUUAUCGAGACAGUUCAGAGUAUUGGUGUUCAAAUAACAAGUUUAUAGGAUUGUUCUGUUCUCGUCUUUUUUUUUUUUUAACAUGGGGAAGCUAAAUGUUAUUGUGUUGAGAUAUUUAUCUCGGGAUGAUUUCCGAGUCCUUACCGCUGUUGAGAUGGGGAUGAAAAACCAUGAAAUUGUCCCAGUGAGUCUUCUUUCGUCCAUUGCCAGCCUCAAACAUGGCGGCUGCAACAAGAUCCUCAGAGAACUCGUAAAACACAAACUUGUGGUUUACGAACGCUCCAAAACUGUGCAGGGCUACAGGUUGAACUACGGAGGAUACGACUACCUGGCUUUAAAGACAUUGUGUUCCAGAGAAGUGAUUCUGUCAGUUGGUAACCAGAUGGGUGUGGGCAAAGAGUCAGAUAUUUAUAUAGUAGCAAGUCCAGAUGGGGAGCAGUACGCCCUGAAGCUGCACAGGCUUGGUCGCACCUCCUUCAGAAACCUUAAAAAUAAGAGAGAUUACCACAAACACAGGAGGAAUAUGUCCUGGUUGUACCUCUCGCGUCUUUCUGCCAUGAAGGAGUUUGCCUACAUGAAGGCUCUGUAUGACCGAGGCUUUCCUGUUCCUAAACCUGUGGAUUAUAACCGACACGCUGUAGUGAUGGAGCUCAUCAAUGGAUAUCCUCUAUGUCAGGUGCAUGAGCUCCAGGACCCUGCAGCACUGUACAGCGAGUUCAUGGAGCUUAUCGUCAAACUGGCCAAUCAUGGCCUGAUUCACGGAGACUUUAAUGAGUUCAACCUCAUGCUGGACGACCAGGACCACAUAACGAUGAUCGACUUCCCUCAGAUGGUUUCUACAUCACACCAAAAUGCUGAAUGGUACUUUGACCGUGACGUCAAAUGCAUCAGAGAUUUCUUUGCUAAGAGAUUUAAUUAUGAAAGUGAGCUCUUUCCAACUUUCAAAGAUAUCAGGCGCUCCUGUUCUCUUGAUAUUGAGGUGUCAGCAAGCGGCUUUACCAAAGAUUUGGAGAAGAGUGCUGAAUUCCUACAUCCAGCUGGACCUGAAGAAGACGACGACGACGAUGAAGAAGAGGAACUAGAAGAUGAUGAUGAUGAAAACGGUGAAGGUGAAGCGUCAGACAAUGAGGCAGAAAAGGAGGACAGCAGCUUCAACAUGGAUGAAUAUAAACAUGCAAUGAUGGAACUGGAGGGACUGAAAGUCAGCGAAACACCUAAGGAGGAGGAAAGGAUUAAGGAAUCAAAAGAAGCUCCAGAGGAGGCGUCCAAAGCUGGAUGCCAGGAGGAAACGGGAACAGAAUAUGAGGACGAGUUGAAGGAAGCAGAGGAUGAGUGUCCAGAGCUGGCUGAGCUUUCUUCCUCUAACAAGGAGUUCAAACCGUUCAGAGACUCGGACAGUCUUCAACAGAUUGCUGAACAUAGAAGAAGAAGAACCGACAGUGAAGCCACCAUGGGAAGCAUCGGGAGUUGUUCCACCAUUCCUCCUGAAGUUGUCCGUCAGAAAGUGCGGCGGCAGCUCACCAAACAGCAGAAGGCGGCACAGAGGAGACGUCUGCAGAAGGGAGAGGCUAACCUGGUCACUAAAUCAAGAAGGGAGAACCAAAAUAACAUCAAGUCCAGCAUGGAGACUGCCUCCUUCUGGGGAUAAUGUGUAAUUGCAGGUGGACUGCAUCAACCUGCAAUCACAAUUGUCUUUAUUUUAGCAUCCUCUGCUCCUUUAGCUAAAGAACUAUAACUUUCUCAUCAUGGCUGGAGAAAUGGACACAAUGACUCAAACAAUAAUCAUAAUAAAAAUAUAUUUCUCAGAAGAGGUCCUUUUUCUGUUCAACCUACUGUUUUGCAUAACAGAGCUAUAAAUAUCUUUAUUUUAUAGAUGCAAUUUAAUUAAGAGUUAAAUCCUAUGUGAUUAAAGUGUGGCUUUGGUUGUAGAAAAUUAAUAUCUAAGUGAAACAAUUUGUUGCAUAGCUGAACAAGUGUGAUGUACAGCUUUUCAAAAUGUUUUUUUUUUUUUUAUUUGAUAACGUGGAUGUUUUAAUCAAAAUUAACCCUCAAUAUAAACAUGAGUUUUGCGAAAGCUUUCGAUAAGACACCUGCUAUGUAAAGUAAUUAAAGGAAGUAAGUAAAACUUG